UCAACUUACACCCCAUACUAUCAAGGGGAGCUUGUGAGCGACUCGGGGGUUCUUUUUGGGCUUUGGUUUCAUAAACCUGUCCAUUCCCAGUCAGUUGCGAUUCUUAAACGGCAUUAUGGACUACUCUGGGUCGCUCGCCAGGAUCUUGGCCCUCUCGUCAAGUUGUUUAUUAACUUGAAGUUCCCUGUAGCCCGUGAUAAGACACCAAAGCCCGAUUGCCUCUUGCUACCAUUUGCUACCGAGGCAUAGCCGUUCUUCUUAAGUUCAAGAGCUCGAACGCAUCAUGAUAGGUGGCACGAAUUUGGAAAAGACAGUUCAACCUGCAGCCGACGUCUCGGAUGCCCCGAAUACGUCAGAGAAGGAUAUCCCACCACCGCAUGCCCGCGAUGAGGCUGUUGGUGCUAACGACCAAGCCGAAUACAUGAAGGGGUGGCGCCUAUACAUGCUCACGGCGGGAAUAUGGAUCGCUCUCUUCUUGUCGACCCUCGAGACGACCAUAGUCAGCACGUCUCUCGUGUCCAUCGCCGACUCCUUGAGCGGCUUUGAGGACCGCAACUGGGUAGUUGCGGCAUAUUUCCUCACUUACACCGGCUUCCUUGUCAUUUAUGCCAAGUUGGCCAGCAUUUUCGGGUCCAAGACCAUGUUUCUUCUCGCUCUCACCUUCUUUACCGUCUUCUCGAUCGGCUGCGGUUCGGCCAGCACUAUGAAUCAACUUAUCAUUCUGCGUGCCUUUCAAGGCAUCGGCGGGUCGGGGAUUUACUCGAUGGUUCUCGUCCUCGCGCCCCAACUUGUCCCGGUAACCGAGUACGGCAAAUACAUCGGCAUAAUCUCAUCUGUCUUUGCCAUUGCCAGCUUUACUGGCCCGCUGCUUGGAGGUGCAAUAGCGAGCAACACCACCUGGAGAUGGGUCUUCCUGCUAAAUGGACCUCCUGGGUUUCUGGCCCUCGUUAUCAUUGCUAUAUUCCUACCAGCCAGCAAGGUCGACAGCAGCUCCAUGUGGGGUGCGAGACUCCAAGCCAAGUUUUCGCGUAGAACCAUGCGACGAGUUGAUAUUCUAGGAGCCGUCUCCCUCCUGGCCGCCUCGGUGCUCCUUGUCUUUGCGCUCGAGUCGGGCGGCACCCGGUAUCCAUGGAGUAGCGGGGCCGUCAUAUCCACCCUGGUGAUGUCUGGUCUGUCAUGGAUUACCUUCACUGUCUGGGAGAUUUACCUUGAACGGGCCCAAUCAGUCAGUGAACCCAUCUUCCCCAUGGGCCUCCUGAGAAACAGACAGUUAGCGAGCAUGACGUUCGCAACCUUUAUGAUCGGCUUCCCGUUCGUAGCCAUCCUUUUCAUCAUCCCGCAGCACUCUCAAGCCGUUUACGGACUCUCCCCAGUGCAGGCCAGUUUGUCGGUGCUGCCGUUGUUGCUAACAUCGCCUGUGGCCACGGCCGCCUCGGGCAUCUUGACCUCGACCUUCAACGUGCCGCCAAGCUACCUGAUUCUCAUCGGAUCGGUGAUACAGGUCGUCGCUGUUGGGCUUGCCAUCACGAUACCCCUGACCGGAGACGCCAUCCCGGCAAAACAAUACGGCUUUGAGGCGCUGAUGGGAGUGGGUUUCGGGUUGACGCUCUCCACCGUGCUCACGCUCAGCCAGCUCCUGGUCAGCAAAGAACACGCAGGCGUUGUCAUGGGGGCACUCACCCAGAUCCGCGUCCUUGGCGGGACGGUUGCCCUUGCGAUUUGCUCUGCCAUUCUCAGCAACCAUGUUCGGGAUAGUCUUGCCGGGGUUCUUACACCUGCCGAGUUCCAGGAAAUUGCCGAGGCCCUCGGGGCCAUCAACAAACUAGGGCCGGAACGGCUUGCCAGGGUAAAACUUGCCUUUGCUGAGGGGUACAGGAGACAGUUUCAAUUGCUCACCGUGUUUAGCGGCGUGGCACUUUUAGCGGCACUGUUUCUCAUCAGUCGACACCCGGUUAAUGUGAGAGAUGUCGCAAAGGAGAGAGAAGGCAACAGCUCAAUGACCGCCGCUGGACCAAACCUUGGAGCUCGAGGCGAAGCCCCUGAUACAGCCUAGGAGAGACAGGUGAUAUAGAGUUCUGUACAAAUCAAUACGUGAGGCCGUGUAAGUGCGAUGAAGGUAACUAUGUAUAUAAGUCCGAUGCUCGGAUUCAAAUAAAUAGAAAGAGAGCUACAAAUAUAGACGUUGCACUG